AUGGAUCUCCUUCAAUUUCAUGUGUUUCGCGCCUUUGAAUCGCUGAGUUUGCACGAAGGAAGUACUGUGAAGAUGGUUUGCGGAGCGUUCUACUUACCCAAAGACAAUCCGUUCAGCCCUCGAGGCGAGGACGCUUACUUUGUUUGUGAGGAGAAGCGGGUCAUUGGCGUGGCCGAUGGUGUCGGUGGUUGGGCUAAGAAGGGUGUGGACGCCGGCGAGUAUGCGCGACAACUCAUGUAUAAUGCUUUUUUGGCGGUCAUUAAUCAACAGCCCGUCGACGGAGUUGGGGAUCUAAAAAGCGUUUUAAACGAAGCUUUCUUGAAUACCAAGGCCAAAGGUUCAUCCACAGCUUGCAUUGCAAUGCUCAGUUCUAAGGACAACAUCUUGUAUUCUAUCAAUGUCGGAGACAGUGGGUUUAUGGUUUUCAGGGCCAAUAGGCUUGCGUAUCAGUCGCCGAUUCAACAAUAUAGCUUCAAUUUUCCGUUCCAGUUGGGAAACAGCGAGACAUGUGAUCGGCCAAGUAUAGCUGCAGAGACAAGCGUGCCGGUUGUCCCAGGAGACAUCGUAGUUCUCGGCACUGACGGCCUUUUGGACAAUGUAUUCCCAGAAGAAAUCGAGGAUGUUCUAAAUCGGCAAACUUUGCAAGGUGUAUACGUAAACCCAAGCGAGUUAGCUUUGAGUAUCACAAACUUGGCGUGGAAGAACUCGCUGGACAGAAAUAGAGAAAGCCCGUUCGCAAUAGCGGCUCAGUCUGCAGGGCUCAAACAUGUCGGGGGAAAGAAGGAUGACAUUUCGGUUGUCGUUGCGCACAUUGUACCACAAAAAUUAGUGUAG